AAAUAAGUAUGAAUAGCAGUAAGUUUACUGUUUACAUCACCGGAUAAGUGUAAAUAUUAAUGUACUAAACAUGGAGAGAUAUAUUGAAUUUGUUUAUUUAUUAUAUUUUGGCAGUCAUAUUUUCUUUGCAAUAUUCUUCGAUUCCCAGGCUAUUUUCCCAGACUGGUUCUUUCCACAACAGUUGAAGGAUGUAGUAAAGUCGUAUACAAGGGACUACGGGGAUUCCAUGGUAGCAGAACCGCCGGCCUGGUACCAGUCAUUUCUCGUCUGCGAAAUGUUGUUCAUCGUCCCUUUUUCUUUCGCUGCUAUUUAUGCAUAUUGGAAUGGUGUUUCCAACAACAAAUGGAUAAGAACUCCGAUGAUUAUUUACUCCACACAUGUUAUCACGGCAGAGUUCUGUAUCUAUCACCAUAUUUUCCUUCAUGACUUCUCGAAAGACGAGCUUCCAGGACCGCAGAAUAUGAGAGCUCGUCUCGUUUUAGCAAUGUUUUAUUUCCCAUACUUCAUACUACCAAUUAUUCUUUUAUUUGACUCACUUUUUAGUUCUGUUUAUAAGUAUGAAGUAGUUGCUUAUCAAACUGCAAGAUUGAGUGGAAAGAAAAUACAGUAGUUUAAUGUGGUUCCAGUAGCAGACGACAAAUUAUAGACUCGCU